GCAUGGUCAUCACACGGGAAAACUUCUUGGAAGAUCUCCUUCGCAUUGCUCAGAUGGAGCAACGUGGCAACAGAAGCCACCGGGAAGUGGAGCCGUUCGUGGACGCCUUCCAGUCUCGUUUCACGCGCGAGCUGCGGAUCGGCUCGAACAGCUCUGUGCUGCCGUCGACCGGCGCGCGGCGCGUGCUGGCGCCGGCCGCUUGGUACCUCUCCGUCAGCGGCGCGCUGCAGCGGCUCUACCCUGGCGUGUCCUUUGCCGACCCGCGGCGCGUGCUCUUCCUGGGCGAGCUGAACGUCUGGCUGGACGUGGCGAGCGCGUCGGUGCGCGGCCUGCGCUCCCCGGCCGCUGCCGCCGCCACGUCCGCCGCCGACAACGCGGCGUACCUGCUGACCGUGUCGGCAACUGGCGAGCGCGGCCCGGCCAUGCUGGUCACGCCCAGCAGCGGCCUGGUACGCGACGACAUGGACCCCGCCGAGUCCUGCUUCCGGCAGACCACGCGCAACGGCAACAUCACGCCUGCCGCGCUUCUCGUGUACGUGGCCAAGGUGCUGGACUCUCACCUGAUGACGCGCCAGGUGGCGCGGCCCGUGCUGCUCUACGUGGAUGGCCUGACCGCGGCAUCGUGGUGGUAG